UUGGAAACAUGUCCAAAACAUUGAUGAGAUGUUGGAAACCAGUUGAAACACAGUAAAAUUCAACUCAAUAAAACAGGACUGCUUUCUCUUCAUCCACGUUGGAAAUUUUCAAGAAGUGAACUAUGACAAUAUACCAAUUUUUGCUACUGUUUCUACUCUGGGUAUGCCUGCCACAUUUCUGUUCUCCAGAGAUAAUGUUCAGAAGGACUCCUGUACCCCAGCAAAGAAUUUUAGGUGCACGUGUACCUAGGAGUGAUGGCAAAAUUCUGCAUCGUCAAAAACGUGGGUGGAUGUGGAAUCAAUUUUUCUUACUGGAGGAAUACACAGGAUCUGAUUACCAAUACGUGGGCAAGCUUCAUUCAGACCAAGAUAAAGGAGACGGAUCACUCAAAUAUAUUUUAUCUGGAGAUGGAGCAGGUACUCUUUUUAUUAUUGAUGAAAAAACAGGUGACAUUCAUGCCACAAGAAGAAUUGAUAGGGAAGAAAAAGCCUUUUAUACUCUGCGUGCACAAGCUAUUAACAGAAGAACUUUGAGACCAGUAGAACCAGAAUCUGAGUUUGUGAUCAAAAUCCAUGAUAUCAAUGACAAUGAGCCAACGUUCCCAGAAGAAAUUUAUACAGCGAGUGUUCCGGAAAUGUCUGUUGUAGGUACUUCCGUGGUGCAAGUCACAGCUACAGAUGCGGAUGAUCCUUCCUAUGGGAACAGUGCCAGAGUUAUUUACAGCAUACUUCAAGGGCAGCCAUAUUUCUCUGUGGAGCCUGAAACAGGUAUCAUCAGGACUGCUUUACCAAACAUGAACAGAGAAAACAGGGAGCAGUACCAAGUGGUAAUCCAGGCCAAAGAUAUGGGCGGCCAGAUGGGAGGCUUAUCAGGGACCACAACGGUGAACAUCACACUGACAGAUGUAAAUGACAACCCACCUCGCUUCCCCCAGAACACCAUCCACCUUCGAGUUCUUGAGUCCUCGCCAGUUGGCACAGCCAUUGGAAGUGUAAAAGCAACUGAUGCAGACACUGGGAAAAAUGCAGAAGUAGAAUACCGAAUUAUUGAUGGUGACGGGACUGAUAUGUUUGACAUCAUAACUGAGAAGGACACACAGGAAGGCAUUAUAACAGUGAAAAAGCCACUUGACUACGAGAGCCGAAGACUUUACACUCUGAAGGUUGAAGCAGAAAAUACCCAUGUGGAUCCACGUUUUUAUUACCUGGGACCAUUUAAAGACACAACGAUUGUGAAAAUCUCCGUAGAAGAUGUGGAUGAACCUCCCGUUUUUAGCAGAUCCUCCUACCUGUUUGAAGUUCAUGAGGAUAUCGAAGUGGGCACGAUCAUUGGUACUGUAAUGGCAAGGGACCCAGAUUCCGCUUCUAGCCCCAUUAGAUUUUCCUUGGAUCGCCAUACUGACCUUGACAGGAUCUUUAACAUACAUUCUGGAAAUGGAUCCCUUUAUACUUCAAAGCCACUUGACCGUGAACUAUCUCAAUGGCACAAUCUAACUGUUAUAGCUGCUGAAAUCAACAAUCCCAAAGAGAUGACUCGUGUGGCUGUUUUUGUCAGAAUUUUGGAUGUUAAUGACAAUGCUCCACAAUUUGCAGUGUUCUAUGACACUUUUGUAUGUGAAAACGCCAGACCAGGGCAGCUAAUACAGACUAUAAGCGCAGUAGACAAAGAUGACCCUUUAGGUGGACAGAAAUUUUUCUUCAGUUUAGCUGCUGUCAAUCCCAACUUCACAGUACAGGAUAAUGAAGAUAAUACUGCCAGAAUUUUAACCAGGAAAAAUGGAUUCAAUAGACAUGAAAUAAGUACCUAUCUCUUGCCCGUGGUGAUAUCAGACAAUGAUUACCCAAUUCAGAGCAGCACAGGCACGCUGACCAUCCGAGUGUGUGCUUGCGACAGCCAAGGCAACAUGCAGUCCUGCAGCGCUGAAGCUCUGCUCCUCCCCGCGGGUCUCAGCACCGGGGCCCUCAUCGCCAUUCUCCUCUGCAUCAUUAUUCUGCUGGUUAUAGUAGUACUGUUUGCAGCUCUGAAAAGACAGCGAAAAAAGGAGCCUCUGAUCUUGUCUAAAGAGGACAUCAGAGACAACAUCGUGAGCUAUAACGACGAGGGUGGCGGAGAGGAGGACACCCAGGCCUUUGAUAUCGGCACCCUGAGGAAUCCUGCAGCGAUCGAGGAGAAGAAGCUUCGGCGAGACAUCAUCCCGGAGACGUUAUUCAUACCUCGCAGGACUCCCACGGCCCCGGAUAACACAGACGUCCGCGAUUUCAUUAACGAAAGGCUGAAAGAGCAUGAUCUCGACCCCACCGCGCCCCCCUACGACUCCCUGGCAACCUACGCCUACGAAGGGAACGAUUCCAUCGCGGAGUCUCUGAGCUCCUUAGACUCGGGGACCACUGACGGAGACCAAAACUACGAUUACCUCCGAGAGUGGGGCCCCCGGUUUAACAAGCUGGCCGAAAUGUACGGUGGCGGGGACAGCGACAAAGACUCUUAACCUAGGCUCUCGAUUCUGUUCCAACAAGAGGAGGUAACUCGACGGACACCGUCCCCCCCUUCACAAUAUUUGAUAUUCAGGAGAGUUUUCCUGCCACUCAGCACAAUUUUUUCCCAUUUACUUCUUAAUUUGUUCAUUAAUUCCAUUAAUUCUUUCCUGUAGGAUGUCUCAUGGAAUAUAUGCGAAAUUUUAUUUAAUCACUUCCAAGAGCCAAAGCUAUGGAAAUUCAGUGUGGUCCAUCUUAGAAAUAAAAGAUAAUUUCAGAAACACGAACAGGAUAGGAACCUCACAAGCCGCUUCUGUUAGAUACACGUCCUGCCCUUGAAAAUGAAGCUUUUAUUAAAAAAAAAAAAAAAAAAAAAAAAAAAGGUGAAGAAAAACAU